AUGAGUAGUGCAUUACUACGGGAGGGUUCGGUUGAGGAUCUGCGAGAAGCUUUGGUUGGGAUGGGUCCGUAUAAGGCCCCGGGGCCGGACGGUUUUACGCCUUUGUUUUUUCAAUCUAAUUGGGAUUUGAUUAAAGAGGAUCUUCUACAUGGAUUUAACUCUUUUCUCGCAGGGGUCUUCUUCCGAGGGGCCCUGGCUAACCGGCUGAAGGACUACCUUCCUCUCCUCAUUAAUGAAUCUAAGAGUGCUUUUGUGCCUCAUUGUCUAAUUCACGACAAUAUUAUUUUGGCGCAUGAUCUCUUACAUGUUCUGAAGAGGAAAAAGAAUGGCAAUUCUGGUUUUCUUGCUCUCAAGUUAGAUAUGGCGAAGGCCUAUGAUCGGGCCUCUCUCGCCUUUUUCAUGUGCAUGCAAGGAAGAAACAGCUUUUGGGUCUCCGUAUGGGGUCCUCCCAUUUCGCACCUCUUAUUUGUGGAUGAUGCUUUAAUUUUUUGCCGUGCAAAGAAUCCCGAGGUGCAUCGUGUCAAAUUAAUUCUGGACCGGUACGAAGCUCUCACUGGCCAGCUUAUCAGUUUGGAAAAAUCUUGUUUGUUUUUCUCACCUAAUACUUCGGAUGUCCAGAAAAAUAUUUGUCGGUCUUUUCUUGGCAUUUCUAUUGUGGACUGGUCUAAUACCUAUUUGGGUCUUCCAGCGGUGGUGGGGAGAUCAAAGACAUCAGCUUUGAAUUUUAUUUCCCAGCGAGUGUCUAAGAAGAUUUCAUCUCUGAAAGGUUGUUUAUUGUCCAAAGCCGACAGGGAAAUCAUAGUUAAAACAGUUCUUGCCGCCCUUCCUACGUCUUCUAUGCAUUGCUUCCGCCAUCCAAAAAAAAAUUGUCAGUUGCUUUCAAGUGCUUUCCUUAAUUUUUGGUGGAGUGGUUUGGAGAAAUCUAACAAAAUUAAAUGGAUUAGUUGGGAAGCCUUGUGUCAAUCUAUGGAGUCUGGGGGUUUGGGUUUUAAGAAUGUGGAGGCAUUUAAUUUAGCUCUUCUAGCUAAAUUGGCCUGGCGAAUGGAAUCUAGUGAUGGGUCUCUUCUAUUCCGUUCUCUUAAGCAGAAGUACUUCAAAGACUGUUCUUUUGUUGAAGCCCCUAAUCGUCCUUCUGCGUCUUGGGUUUGGAAGAGUGUUUUGUCUGCUCGGGCAGUCAUUAAAAAGGGUAUGAAGUGGCAAAUUGGUGAUGGGGCUAGUGUCCAGUGUUGGAAGGAUAAUUGGCUCCCUAAUAUUAAGAAUUCUUCUGUUACGUCUUCGUCAACGGGGGCUAUUGUUUCCUUACUGGUUGAUCUCAUUCAUCAUGAUGUGCAUAGGUGGAAUUCGGAUCUGGUUUCCCGCUCUUUUAAUAAACGGGAUUGUGAUCUCAUUUUGCAGAUUCCUUUUAGUUUGAAUGGAGGUCUGGACUGUAAAAUUUGGGGGGCUUCCAAGUCUGGCCGUUUUUCAGUUUCAAGUGCUUAUUCGGUUGCGUCUUCUCUUCUUGGUCCUAUUUCUUCCAUGCCAUGUGUUGAAGGCAGUAGCUUUUCUGCGGGCAGCAGUGCAAUGUGGAGGUCUGUUGGGGAUGUCCAGGCUCCUCAGAAGAUUCAAUUGUUUUUGUGGCAAAGCCUUCAUGAUAGAAUUCCUGUGAAUGAGCAUUUGUUAUUUCGGGGGGCGUCGGUUUCUCCUUGCUGUCCAGUUUGUGAAGGGGGAGUGAAAACAGUGGAUCACCUUUUGUGUACAUGUCCUUUUGCGAUUAUUGUGUGGAAGCUUUGCCCUUUGCGUCUUGAUUUUGGUGGGGUAUCUCCUUCCUUUUGGCCGAAGAGAUGGGUUUUUAUUUGUGCUCGGUGGGCUGAUUCCGGGACAGCGGCUGCUUGUGUUGGCCUUGCUUCUUUUGUUUGCUGGACCUUGUGGAAGUGUAGGAAUGAUUUUAUUUUCUCUCGUAAGCGGUGGGAUCCAUAUGCACCUAGUCGUAGGCUCUUCAAGCUUUUCAAGAGUUUCAAGCUUAAUUUUGAUGCCUCCUUUGAUUCAUCUCGUCGAUUGUGUGGGGGAGGUUUGAUCCUUCGAAACCAUCUUGGAUUUCCGGUUAAGGUUGUUAUGGUGUUCUUCUCCCAUGUGCACGGUCCGUCUAUGGCGGAAGGUUUGGUUUUACAGGAAUCUUUGGUGCUUCUUAAGCGGUGGGGUUACCAUGGGGUGGUGGUGGAAGGGGAUUGCCGUCCGGUUAUGCAGUUGAAAGCUUCUGAGGUUGCUUUGAAGAUGGUUCUUAAUGAUGUUUCUCCCCUGCUUCUUGAGUGCUUGGGUUCUUCUCUUGCAUGGGUUCCUCGUGGCGGCAAUUUAGUGGCUCACUUGUUAAGCAAAGUUGUUUUAAAAGCCGAAUGUGGUGAUUUAGACUGGAGCAUUUGGCCCUCGUGGCUGUGUAUUGCUCUGAUCCCUGACUAA